AUGGCCUCGACCUUCGAUGCUCUUUCUCAUCUUUCUGAAUAUGAGAUAUGGUGGAGGAGCCACUACAACUUCCUCGAAGAAAAGGGUUACAAGCUACGAAGUCGCUACAGCCCAGAUUGGGUCCCUUCCUGGACGAACACCAACAAAGCUGACAUAGACUGCGAGGAUGGAAUCGUGCCACGACACUCUCUUGUGCUAGACGCACGGCGCAUUCAAGAUGGCGCUCGCGUGUCGCUCAAACGUAUAGACGUAUCGCGACACCCUUGUGAGAUAGAAAUCGGUCGUUAUUUCUCUACCUCCCCUCUCAGCAAGGAUCCAGCCAACCAUUGCGUGCCAAUUUACGAUGUUCUGCAGGUGCCCGCCGACGAUCAUACUGUGAUAAUUAUUAUGCCGUUACUUGCAGAUUUUACGGAUCCCUAUUUUGACACAGUCGGGGAAGUUGUAGACUGCAUCCACCAGCUUUUUGAGGGUCUGCGCUUCAUGCACAGUCAUCAUGUCGCUCACAGGGACUGCAUGGACCUAAACAUACUGAUGGAUGGCAGCAUUUUCAUAGAUCCAUGGCAUGCAUUCGACCAGUAUAUGUCGGAGGACUACAAGCGCGUGGCCAGGCACCGUGCGCGCACAAAGUCUCCUCCACGAUACUACUACAUAGAUUUUGGUAUCUCCCGCAAAUAUGAGGCGUCCAACACCAACCCAUUAGAAGAGCCCAUAUUCGGUGGAGAUAAAGAAGUACCCGAGUUCAACGAAGACAACUAUAAACCUCGAAACCCAUUCCCAACUGAUGUUUGGUAUCUUGGGCAUGCCAUUCAAGAAAUAUUUCUCGACGUAAAGUGCAACAGUGCCUGCUCAUUUCAAACUCUGAUUAACAUAAAACAGCACUACUCGGGUGUGGAAUUUCUGAGCGGUCUGGUAUCAGACAUGAUGCACUCGGAUCCAGCACAACGUCCAAACAUGGAAGAAAUUUUCUCUCGAUUCCAGGUUCUACGCCAGGGCUUUAGCAGCUGCAAAUUACGUUCUCGGGUGGCUCAUGAUAAAGAGAGAUCUGUUUUUGAUUUCCUAGCUCACUGGGCCCGUCGCAUUCAGUACAUAGUACGCAGGAUUCCCGCAACACAUACCUCGCUGUCCACGUGGGAUUUGAUCAACACCGUGAAGCAGUCUUCAAUUAUCCCUCCUGCCGACUGUUGUCGCAGUUCACGGAAGUGUUUUACAGCAAUCCAGACUGCGAAACACAGCGCGAGGACCUCCCAGACAGCGCCGAAGAACGGUCAUCAGGGACCAACGUUGUCUCUGUCACAAAUCAAUAUUGUUCUUCUGACGUGGAACUGUGCCCACCCAGACCAGUUCGACCUACAAACCAAACUUAGCGAGAUGGCUGCUCCGGUCAUAGCAUCAAUAUACCUCUUGUCCGAACAUAUACCACCACCCAGUUCUUGCAUGAGAUCAAGGGAUGAUAUCCGUUCCUCUCCCACUACAACUCAGGCAGUGAUGGCCUCGACCUCCGAUGCUCUUUCUCAUCUUUCUGAAUAUGAGAUAUGGUGGAGGAGCCACUACAACUUCCUCGAAGAAAAGGGUUACAAGCUACGAAGUCGCUACAGCCCAGAUUGGGUCCCUUCCUGGACGAACACCAACAAAGCUGACAUAGACUGCGAGGAUAGAAUCGGGUCACCACAUUAUCUUGUGUUAGAUGCAAGGCGCAUUCAAGACGGCGCUCGCGUAUCCCUUAAACGUAUAGACGUAUCGCGACACCCUUAUGAGAUAGAAAUCGGUCGUUAUUUCUCUACCUCCCCUCUUAUCAAGGAUCCAGCGAACCGUUGCGUGCCAAUUUACGAUGUUCUGCAGGUGCCCGCCGACGAUCAUAUUGUGAUAAUUGUUAUGCCAUUACUUCGAGAUUUUACGGAUCCCUAUUUUGACACAGUCGGGGAAGUUGUAGACUGCAUCCACCAGCUUUUUGAGGGUCUGCGCUUCAUGCACAGCCAUCAUGUCGCUCACAGGGACUGCAUGCAACUAAACAUCCUGAUGGAUGACAGCAUUUUCAUAGAUGCAUGGCACGGAAGCAACCAGUUUAUGUCGGAGGACCUCAAACGCGCAGCCAGGCAUCGUGCGCGCACGAAAUAUCCUCCACUAUACUACUACAUAGAUUUUGGUAUCUCCCGCAAAUAUGAGGCGUCCAACACCAACCCAUUAGAAGAGCCCAUAUUCGGUGGAGAUAAAGAAGUACCUGAGUUCAACGAAGACAACUAUAAAGCUCGGAACCCAUUCCCAACUGAUGUUUGGUAUCUUGGGCAUGUCAUUCAAGAAACAUUUCUCGACGUAAAGUGCAACAGUGCCUGCUCAUUUCAAACUCUGAUUUACAUAAAACAGCACCACUCGGGUGUGGAAUUUCUGAGCGGUCUGGUAUCCGACAUGAUGCACUCGGAUCCAGCACAACGUCCAAACAUGGACGAAAUUUUCUCUCAAUUCCAGGUUCUACGCCAGGGCUUUAGCAGCUGCAAAUUACGUUCUCGGGUGGCUCAUGAUGACGAGAGAUCUGUUUUUGAUUUCCUAGCUCACUGGGCCCGUCGCAUAGUACAUAGUACGCAGGAUUCCCGCAGCACAUACCUCGCUGUCAUAGAGCAAAGUUCUUUGUAA